GUGUGGUGGUUCAGAAAAACAGUGAUUUUGAGUUUAUUGCUGAUUUAAUCUGAAAUAGCAAGGACGUAUCAUUAAGGUAAAUCCUGCCACCUUUGGCCUAUUAUGUCUGAGACUCUUGGUUGUUCCUGCAACUCAAAACCAAUUCACUGCAGUAGUGUCAGCAUGUGCAGAGAUUCUGUAACUGUUUUGGAAAAACUGGAAAAGCUUAACAUGACACAGAGGAAUGACAGUCAUUGUGGUGACGGCUGGUGUGGUGACUGCACUGUCUGAAGUGCAUAGACAGCAGAGAAGCAGGAGUGUAAGGAGAGUCGCUCUGUGGCUCGCUGUUGCACAACAGGAAAACAUCGCCAGAACUUUCAUACAUUAGUUGAAUUCUGCUCUGUACUUGAGCGUAAUGGAGGAUUCUGAGCUGCUGUGUACCUCGAGGUCGGAGGAGAGGAGGCUGAACGGCCACUGCAGAUGGAGCGCUCACACUCGGACCCUGGACUCGAAGAUGGUGGAGGACUUCAGGCGGAGGCUCAAGUACUUCUUCAUGAACCCCUGUGAGAAAUACAGAGCCAGGGGGCGUAAACCAUGGAAACUGAUGCUACAGAUAUUAAAAAUUGCAAUCAUCACAGUCCAGUUGGUCUCUUUCGGCCUGAGCAACGAAAUGAUGGUCACCUUUAAAGAUGAAAAUCUGAUGACGUUCAGACAUCUGUUUCUAAAAGGAUACAGGGAUCACCACAUGGGAAGCUACGCACUCUACAGAAAGGCUGAUGUGUAUGAUCACAUCCACUACAUUAUCAACAGGUACAUCAAUCUCCAAAACCUGACAGUGGCUAAUCUUGCAUACGAGAGUGUUGAUGGCAAGUACGCUCCUCUGUCUGUCUGCCAAGAGUUUUACAGAAACAGCAGCAUCGAUCCUGGAAACGAGACCUUUGACAUUGAUCCACAUAUUGAUAAAGAUUGCAUUUCCAUUUAUCCUGUGCAGUCGUUUGACCACAGUGGCUCAGCCACACAUGUGAACUUCUCUUUAGAUUUCAAAAGGCUGCUAUCAGUGAACAUCUACCUUACUCUGAAAACAAUCAAUCUGCAGACUGUGCGGCACCACGAGCUGCCAGACUGUUAUGACUUCCAUAUCAUGAUCAUGUUUGACAACCGUGCACACAGCGGGAAGAUAAAGGUUGAUGUGAAGAAUGAUGUAAGAAUUUAUGAAUGCAGAGACUGGAAUGUGGAGGGCACUUCUGGUAAGAACGACUACCUGCUCCUGUCAUUUGACUCUGUGGUCAUCCUCGCCUGCUUCACCUCCCUCAUCCUCUGCACACGAUCUGUCAUCAACGGCAUCCAACUCCAGUUUGAGUUCAACAUAUUCUUUCAUGCCUACUUCAAUAAAAUUGUGUCCUGGUCAGACCGCAUGGAGUUUGUGAAUGGCUGGUACAUCCUCAUCAUUGUGAGCGACACACUGACCAUCGCUGGGUCAGUACUCAAAAUUGGAAUACAAACAAAGUACCUGACAAACUACGAUGUCUGCAGUAUCUUGCUGGGUACGGCCACAAUGCUCGUCUGGGUCGGCGUGAUUCGUUACCUUGGUUUCUUCAAGAAAUACAACAUAUUAAUCUUAACCCUGAGGGCGGCAUUCCCAAAUGUGAUCCGAUUCUGCUGCUGUGCUGCCAUGAUCUACCUCGGGUACUGUUUCUGUGGCUGGAUCGUCCUUGGGCCUUACCAUGACAAAUUUCGAACACUCGCCAAGGUGACAGAGUGCCUCUUCUCUCUCAUCAAUGGGGACGACAUGUACGCCACCUUCCUGAUGAUGAGACACGGCGGCUACAUGGUGUGGCUUUUCAGCAGACUUUACCUCUACUCCUUCAUCUCCCUCUUCAUCUACAUGGUGCUCAGCCUCUUCAUCGCACUCAUCACUGACACCUAUGAGACCAUUAAGCAUCAUCAGCAAGACAAGGUGCCAGUGUCUCAGCUUCAGGCCUUCAUAGCAGAGUGCAGGGACCAGCCUGAGUCUGGAAGAUACCAGACUGAUGAAGAGCCAACUGUCUGCUGCCUCUCUCCAUGCUGCUGCUUUGGAUGAAGUGAGAAGAUGGAGGUUUUCACCUCUGUCGAGUGCAGACAAAGACUUGGCGUAUCAUGAGACUGAAUAUGGCUGUAAAGAGUGGAGCAUUUGAUCAUACUGAUGCAUGUGAAUGCCAGAAUAUCUUGUUUUUUCUUUUUCUUUUUUAACGUGAAUCACUGAACACUAGACUCAGAGGACCAGUCAGUUAUAUAGUCACCAGUUUAAUAACCUGAGAGCUGUAAAUUCAAUAUGAAUACGCAUUUACAACCAAACCCUCCUUAGUUCAGUGAUGCAUUCAAGAGUGGUUUUCAAUUCCGCUUUUCUUCAGUGAUUACCUGAAGAGGAAUUUCCUCCUGACUGCACAGUAACAACAUAAUUGUAGGGUUUUCACAAGCACUUGAAUACUUAAAGGUCCAGUGUGAAGGAUUUAGGGGCAUCGUUUGGCAGAGCAGGUACAUAAUAUUCAUAACUAUGUUUUCAUCCAUGUAUAAUCACAUGAAACUAAGAAUCACCGUGUUUUUGUUACCUAAGAAGGAGCUGUUUAUAUCUACAUACGGAGCAGGUUGUAGCCCAGGAUGGAGAACCCAAACACUGGUUCUAGAAAGGACCACAGGCGUUUUCGCAUGGGCCACAGUAGUUCUUCUACACCAGAGGUAGGCAACCUGCAGCGCCAGAGCCACAUGUGGCUUUUAAACUCCUCUCCACAUGAAAAAUAAUGACUUUUUUUUAGCAUUUACAUUUUUAUUUAUCAUUGUUGUGGGCCUAAAUCAAUUCAUAUAUUGUAAAAAAAAAAAAUAUGUAGCUUAUACACUGAGUAGAAAAACAUUUCUAUUCAAACAUUUUUUUUAACAUUUCGUCAAUUAAAAUAUGUAUCAUACAUAUAUG